CAGGCCUACAUAAAUUGACUUUAAUUGACUUAUCUUGGUGACUUUUACUGUCUGUCCAUUUUUUAGUUUGUCAACUGUACUAUCUGUUGAGCUAAUGGAUGCCUGUAGCAAGGGGAUGAAUUUACUAAGGCUAUAAACAUUCCCCGUUUGGUUCAGAUUGGACAGAGGUGGUGGUCGCCUACCACUGCACGGCUCUCCCCACACUUGGCUCCCCCUGCCCCUCUCCCCAUUGUAGGCUGGAAGGAGGCAGGAUUAGGAUGAGGGAUUUGGGAGUCAUGUGGAUCUAGAUUUCUGACUGGUGUCCAGAAAACCGUUGUUUUACAGGAGGACUCUCAGUCGUGUGAAACACCAUCACACCCCUUGUCGUGUAACCUGUAGCUACUUUUGGAGUUUUCAUUCAACUUUUCCCUUUUCCUCCAGUGUUCCGGGAGUUUCUCGUGGAUUUGAACUGCAGUAGAUUACAGCAGUGACCGCUGUUCCCAUUCAUUUUCAACCAUGCCGCUAUAACCUGUCACUACUUGUCAUUUUAACUCUGAUGAUCGCUUUGUAGAAAGUUAGAAGUGCCGCAGGACACAUUUCCCCAUUUUUUGUUCAUCCCUCGCUUUAACAUGACGGAAGAAAACAAAAGUGAACACAGGGCUGAAAGCGGGAAAGACUUGGAGAAACAGCUCCGAUUGCGAGUUUGUGUUUUGAAUGAACUCCUGCUGACCGAACGGGACUAUGUCGGGACGCUUGAGUUCUUAUCGGUGUUUAUGCACCGGCUCCACCAGUAUGCGGCCGCCAAAAUCGACAAGAACAUCACAGAGGAGACGGUGAAGGUGCUGUUCUCCAACACGGAGGAGAUUCUGGCCGUCCACAGGGACUUCCUGUCCAUGGUGGAGGGCCUUCUGCAGCCAGACCCCCACGCACACCACGAAGUCGGACGCUGCUUCCUGCAAUUCAGGAGUGGCUUCCAGGUGUACGACGAGUACUGUGGGAACCACGAGAAGGCCCAGCGGCUGCUGCUGGAGCUCAACAAGAUCCGCUCCGUGCGCACCUGCCUGCUGAACUGCAUGCUGCUGGGAGGCCGGAAGAACACAGAGGUGCCACUGGAGGGCUACCUGGUGGCCCCCAUCCAGAGGAUCUGCAAGUACCCGCUGCUGCUCAGGGAACUUCUGAAGAGAACGCCUAAGAAGCACAACGACCACGGGCUGGUGCUGGAGGCCCUGCAGGUGAUGAAGGCCGUGUGCUCCAACAUCAACGAGGCCAAGAGGCAGAUGGAGAAGCUGGAGGUGUUGGAGGAGUGGCAGUCCCACAUCGAGGGCUGGGAGGGCUCCAACAUCACGGACACGUGCACGGAGAUGCUAAUGCACGGCGUGCUGCUGAAGAUCUCGGCGGGGAACAUACAGGAAAGGAACUUCUUCCUGUUUGACAAGCUCCUGGUCUACUGCAAGAAGAAGAACAGGCGUUUAAAAAACAGCAAGGCGGCCACUGAAUGCCCCCGCUACCUGUUCAGAGGACGCAUCAACACGGAGGUGAUGGAGGUGGAGAACGUGGACGACGGGACUGCUGACUACCACAGCAGCGGGAACAUCGUGAACAGCGGCUGGAAGAUCCACAACACGGCCAAGAACAAGUGGUUUGUGUGCAUGGCCAAGACCCCGGAGGAGAAGCAGGAGUGGCUGGAGGCCAUCCUGAAAGAGAGAGAGCGCAGGAAAAGUAAGUACGGGGAAGGCUGUGACAUGGUGCUGUCAUUGAUGGACUGCAUGUGUGUGUGUGUGUGUGCGCGUGUGUGUGCACGUGUGUGUGCACGUGUGUGUGUGUGUGCGCGUGUGCGUGUCUCCAUGCAGCAGGACACUAUUAAGUGGGUGUACAACAACAACGAGAGCGCUCAGGAGGACGAGAGGAAGUCGAACCAAAAGCGCUCGGCGGAGGAGAACGAGGACGGGUUCGAGUGCAAAGUGGAAGAGGUGAUGGACAAGUUCAACACCAUCGCCAUCAUCGACGGCAAGAAGGAGCUGGUGAGUCUGACGGUGGACAACGUGCACCUGGAGUACGGUGUGGCGUACGACUACGACAGCACCGCCGGUAUCAAGUGCCACGUGCUGGAGAAGAUGGUGGAGCCCAAGGGCUUCUUCAACCUCACCGCCAAGAUCCUGGAGGCUCUGGCGCGUAACGACGACACGCUGGUGCAGAUGUGCGGCCGGCUGAGCUCCAGCUGUGACGUCAUCCCGGAGGAGCUGCGGUCUCGGCUCGCCGCGCUGUGUGGCGAGAGGCUGGAGCACGUCAGCCGCCGGCUCGCCAACUACCGGAAGUUUGCCCGCGUGCUCAGGAACCGGGCGUGGCCCACCUUCAAGCAGGCCAAGACCAAGGUAUCCCCGCUGCACAGCAGCGACUUCUGCCCCACCAACUGCCACGUGAACGUGAUGGAGGUGUCCUACCCCAAGACCACCACCUCGCUGGGCAGCGCCUUCGGGGUGCAGCUGGACAGCCGCAGGAACACCAUGGAGGGAGGGGGGCGGAGCAGCGCCGAGCACGGUAAGGUGAGCCCCAUGGUGUACGCCCAGCACACCAUCACCACCAUGGCGGCCCCGUCGGGCCACAGCCUGGGCCGCACGGAGGGCCACGGCCUGCGCUUCCUCCUGCGGGAGGAGGACCUGCAGACCCUGGACGCCUACCAAAAGCUGGUCGCCAAGCUCACCACCGUCGUCAAGGAGAUGGACACGCACGCCGCCCAGAUCCACGACCUGCUGUCGUCCAUCAGCCACCCCGGCGCGACGGACGCCAAGACCCCCGAGGGCUUGAUCGCCCCGGAGAGCGAGGCCGAGCGGGGCGAGAAGAACGGCAAGAAGGUGUGCUUCAACGUGGCCGGGGACGAGCAGGAGGACUCGGGCCACGACACCAUCAGCAACCGGGACUCCUACAGCGAUUGCAACAGCAACAGAAACUCCAUCGCCUCAUUCACCAGCAUCUGCAGCAGUCACUGUAGCUCCUAUGUACACAGUGACGAGAUGGACUCAGGGGAUGAGAUGCCCAGCAGCAUGUGGCUGUCUCACGACAAGCAGAAGAAGCUCCACGGCUUCCUGGAGCAUCUGUUCAGCCAGGUGGACUCCAUCACCAGCAUGCUGAGGGGGGCGCUGGUGGGCCGCGCCUUCGAACAGACCAAAUGUUUCACACCCGGGAGAGGGCUACAAGAGUUCCAGCAGGAGAUGGAGCCCAGGCUGAACUGUACCAAGAAGCUGCGCCUCCACGUGAAGCAGGACCCCUGGAACCUUCCGGGCAGCGUGCACGCCUUUACACACACCGUCGGCCGCUUCGUCGAAGAGGUGAAGACACGGCUGCUGUUGGUCCUACUGCAGUACACGGACUCUGAGAUCCAGCUAAGGCGAGACAUGGUGUUUUGUCAGUCACUGGUGGCGGCCGUGUGUGCCUUCUCUCAGCAUCUCCUGGCCGUGCUCAACCAGUUCCACGAUGGCGGAAGGGACCGCGAGCCGGAGAGCCAGGACCCCCCGGAGCCCCCGGAGCCCCAGGAGGGCGCCCGCCGCUGGCUGGAGCAGGUCGCCAGCGCUGGGCUGCUGCUCCACUUCCAGUCCCUCCUCUCCCCCCACCUGACGGAUGAGCAGGCCAUGCUGGAGGACACUCAGGUGGCGUUGAUAGACUUGGAGAAAGUGACGUUCUACUUCCGGCAGUUUGAAGGGGAGCCUCUGGUGGCAAACAUGCCCGUGUCCUACCAGGUGGAGGGGACCCGCCAGGCUCUGAAGGUCUGCUUCUACCUGGAGGGCUUCUACUUCUCCCAGCUGCCCCAGCGGCUGAGGAACGGGGGCGGCUUCAGGAUCUACCCCGUGCUCUUCACCCAAGCCCUGGAGAGCAUGGAAGGGUACUACUACCGGGACAACGUGUCCGUGGAGGAAUACCAGGCUCAGAUCAACGCUGCCUCACUGGACAAAGUCAAGCAGUACUACAAGAGGCUGAGGGCCUUCUACUUGGACCAGUCCAACAUGCCACCCAGCUCUGCACCUAAGGCUGCUCUCGUAGACAAGCUGAUGCGGCCCCUGAACGCGCUGGACGAGCUCUACCGCCUCAUCGAGAGCUUCAUCAGCUGCCGGCGCACGGCGGCCUGCCAGAGCACGGCGUGCGGCGCCUCGGGCGUGGGCCUGCUCAGCGUGGCGUCGGAGCUCUGCUCCCGCCUCGGAGCCACGCACAUCGUCAUGUGCAACAGCGGCGUCCACCGGUGUACGCUGAGUGUGACGCUCGAACAGGCCAUCCUCCUUGCCCGUAACCACGGGUUACCCCCACGCUGCAUCAUGCAGGCCACCGACGUCAUGAGGAAACAGGGGGCAAGGGUUCAGAAUUCUGCCAAGAAUCUGGGAGUGAGAGACCGGACCCCGUCCACGGUGCCAAGAUUGUACAAACUGUGCCAGCCUCCACCCGCGGACAGCGACCCAUAAUGCACUUGGGCUCUAUAAAGUGUCUUCCUAUGGCUGUGGAGGUCAAACCGCUCCAGAGAGUCCUCUACCUGCCCAUGAAGGAAUGACACGACUGAAGGCUAACUCUCUCUUGUUGACCUGCCAUUAGAUCCAGGUUUUUCCUUUGUAAUGUUCAACCCAUGGACGAAUAUAUGUAAAUAUAAUUUUAAAGCAGAACAUAGUCAAAUUAAUACUAUAUAUUUUUUUCUUGCUAUUGUACCGAAUAAGUGUGCAUUUUUUAUUCAGCGAAAAAGCAUCUCAAUUAAAUAUAUAAAACCAAAACAAAACAUUUGUGCCUUAAAAUUGCAAACUAAGUGAGAUUUGAAGGAAUCAAUCAAUGCCGUUGUCACGUAGCAAGCUUAAAAUGAUCUUGUUGUUUCCUACAGGGCAAUAUUUUCAUUUCACAAUAAUGCUUUUUAUUUACAGAUAAAGUGAAGUCAUAUCUGUUGAGAGGACAUUAUUGGAUUGCAAUCUGACAUGUUUCGAGUUAGCCAUUCCAUUUAUUCGCCUUCCCUCUGACACAUCAUCGCUUCACUGGUUCGACUGUAGAAGAACUUUGUGGAUUGAAUUGUGUACCUUUUUUAUGUGAUCUUGUGUUGUUGAUAAGCCUGUAAAUAUUGAUGUUCCGUUGAAAAAAAUGACAGAAAGAAAAAAAGGUUUUCUGCUGAGGACGGAGCCACUAUAUUGUUGAACGCAUUGUUUGGAUUUCAUAAAUCAGUUUAUUCCACUGCAAAUUGAUGUUGUGUGAUAGUAACCUGACACAGAGAUAUUUUUUCAUUGUUCAUCAGUAUUAACACGUCAUAGAUUAAUGGCUGUUUUGAGCUAUGGAGUAUAUUCUGUUCUUUUGUAUUGGCAUUACUCAGGAUAUCAUUUUGAUGUUUGUUUUUUUUAUUUUGAAUACUUAUCAACCUAGCAUUUGCUGCAUUGUUGUAGAAUGGAAAGUAGUUUACUAUGCAAACAAGUCGUAUUAAAAAGCUGAAACAAUAAGCUCAUA